GCCUGCCAUAUUGCGCGUGACAUCGGCGGUGCAGACGUUGCUCGCGUCCAGGCUGUCGCGCGACUCGAUGGCGGAGUGAAUCGGGUGCCCGAGGGAGCAACGAGUCCACCGUCGUAUCGACGAGCGGUCCCCAGGUCGCUCUCGGUGAUCCAGCAGCAGCAGCAGUUCCGUUCUCCCCGCGUCGCCGACCCACGAGCACGCGUGCAAAAUGUCGACCGGUCCUUACAAUUACUCCUACAUCUUCAAGUACAUCAUCAUAGGGGAUAUGGGGGUCGGCAAGUCGUGCCUGCUUCACCAGUUUACGGAAAAAAAAUUUAUGGCGGAUUGUCCACACACCAUCGGCGUCGAGUUCGGGACUAGGAUCAUCGAAGUAGCGGGGCAGAAAAUAAAGCUGCAGAUCUGGGACACCGCCGGGCAGGAACGAUUCCGAGCGGUUACCAGAUCGUACUACCGGGGUGCGGCCGGGGCUUUAAUGGUGUACGAUAUCACGCGCCGUUCGACUUACAAUCAUCUCAGUAGCUGGCUGACGGACACGAGAAACCUGACGAAUCCAAGCACUGUCAUAUUCUUAAUUGGCAACAAGAGCGAUCUCGAGGGCCAACGUGACGUUACCUACGAGGAAGCGAAACAGUUCGCCGACGAGCAUGGCUUGAUGUUCGUCGAAGCCAGUGCGAAGACAGGGCACAAUGUGGAAGAAGCCUUCCUGGAAACUGCAAAGAAAAUAUUCCAAAGUAUACAGGACGGACGAUUGGACCUAAAUGCAGCGGAGUCCGGCGUACAACACAAUCCCAGCCAACCGGGUCGUACCAGCCUCCAAGGAGUGUCCAAUGAACAGCAGGGAGGGAAGGACUCCUGCUCCUGUUAGGUCUUAUUUCAUUUGUUUGUAUAUAGAUAUAUUAAUUGAUCGGUACUAUUAAUGCAUAUAUGAUUUGUACUAAGUGUAGCUGGCAGAUUGUCUCAUAGCUUGUAUCCUCCCUUUGAUAAGCAAGGUCCAUUUAAGAGCAACAACUAAACCGAACCGUAAAUUCCGAGAAUUCCAGUUCUUUCUUUGUCUCAACUUAUCGCGUUGCGAUUUCUAUUGAUAUUAAUACUAUAUAAAUAAAUAAUACGACACGAUAUAAAGACGUACGCGGUAAAAAAAGUGAUUCCAAUGAUGCUACUACUAGUUCCCGACGCGGCACGAAUGAUAUCUACGAGUGAAGCGCAGCUUUUCUAUGAUUAUUACAACUUGUUACUAUUUUGUAUAUUCCAUGCAUUUCGUUGUGUAGCCAGUUAAAGGAAGAUGAUUCGUUUAGAGCCGGCCAAUACGCACGCGCGCCCAAUAGCGCCCACGCGGCAGGCCGAUUAAAUCCUCAUCCGUUUGACUGGAAAUGCGUUGCCGAAACGGCUCGACGUUUAGGUAAUAAAUAAGAGCGACGGGAUUACACUCACUCAAUCCGCAUGGGAGGAUCAUACGUUCGUUGUAACGCGCAAGUUCUCGCUCGAAGAAGUUUAAUCGGUGGAAAAUUUAAUUUAAAUUGCAAACGCCCACCUUUCCGAUCACUUUUGAGACCUCCUUUGCUGGUGAGACAUGCACUGCGGGCUUUGUGAUUUUAGUUCGAAACUUCGAGACUCGUUAGACAGAGAGAGGAAGAGUAGGGAUCAAUUUUCUUUUUUAUUAAUAGUUCAAAGAUACAUCUAUUCUUGAGGAAACGCGUAAAUAUAUAUACGUACAUACAUGCUGAUACGAAAUUUGACACGUAUCGUUUUUUAGUACGACGAAUUGAGAUGGAAUUGUUCAACUCUCUUCUUUCAUAAUCGAUCUAUAGCUCGAAAUUCCAAGUUUUCGUUUUCUACGAAAGAGUCGAGAUUAGCAGGUGUAGUUAGCACGUUACUUGAAUAUAUUACGCAAGAUAAUGUAGCUUGUGAGUGUAUAUUGCCAAGCGUUUUAGCCUUUUCUUUCCUUCUCGCAUAUUUUCCGAUCUGCCAAGAUCUCUGUAAACGUGUUACGCCUUAAAUUGAAAAGCAGGAUUAGCAAGCUCUGAUUUUGCAAGUGUUGCCUGCUGCAUCGAGGCCUCUCAUAGACACUCGAGUUAUUCAAAUAUCGGUAUAUAAAUUGAUGCGCCUUGAAAAAGUUAUAUAAGCGCUAUCUUGUUAUGAUUUGAUGGUACAAAGGUAAUGCCUGAUAUCACCGAGGCAUCUCUAAGUGAAACAGAAAAUAGAAAGAGAGAGAGAGAGAAAUGAAAGAAAGUCGCAACGAACAGUGAUUUGAACAUGAUUUACGUUCUCUUCAAUGUUGUGUGUGUCUUGUAAACAAUUUGUAUUAUUGGUAGCACGAGAAAAUGCGAAGAUCGCCUCCAAUAAACUUGACCAAAGUUUUAUGGAUCUGUUCGAAUCGUAGGUAAUCGUCGUUUUACUGCACCCUUUAAUUUAAUCGUACCAUGUGUUUAAAGUACUCUAAGAAACAAAAUACGAAAUAAAUUUAAAGUUGAUCA